UAACUAAUUAAUUAAUCACCCCAUCGUCCCUUUCGUUAUACUAUAUCGUGUGAUCUAACAAAAAUCUCACAAUUUUUCUUUCUUUCACAAUUUUCUGCCAAAAAUCUCAGUAACAAAGAAAAGAUGGUUCUUUCUCAAAAGCUUCACGAAGCUUUCAAAGGCACUGUCGAGAGAAUCACAGGCCCAAGAACCGUUUCUGCUUUCAAAGAAAAAGGAGUUCUUAGUGUCUCCGAAUUCAUCAUCGCCGGUGAUAAUCUCGUUGCCAAAUGCCCUACUUGGUCAUGGGAAUCAGGAGCAAGCAAGAGGAAGACAUAUUUACCAUCCGAGAAACAAUUCUUGAUCACUAGGAAUGUGCCUUGCCUGCGAAGAGCUGCGUCUAUUGAAGAAGAAUAUGAAGCUGCUGGAGGGGAAGUUCUACUUGAUGAUGAAGAUAAUGAUGGAUGGCUAGCAACUCAUGGAAAACCUAAAGAAACUAAAUCUGAUGAAGAUGAGGAUUUACCUUCCAUGGAAAGUCUAGAAAUCAGUAAAAGUAGUUCUAUUAAGCAAAACUCUUCCCACACAGGAGGUGAGGACGAUGAGGAUAUUCCUGAUAUGGCAGAGUUUGCAGAAUAUGACAACAUUAUUGAGACAGAUCCUUCUACAUAUCUAGUAGCACAUGAACCAGAUGAUGACAAUAUUCUACGGACCCGCACCUAUGACAUCAGCAUCACGUAUGAUAAGUAUUAUCAAACACCUCGUGUGUGGCUUACUGGGUACGAUGAGUCAAGAAUGCUACUGCAACCGGAACUUGUCCUUGAAGAUGUUAGUCAAGACCAUGCACGCAAAACGGUAACAAUUGAAGACCACCCUCACUUGCCUGGGAAGCAUGCAUCUAUUCAUCCAUGUCGACAUGGAGCAGUGAUGAAGAAAAUCAUUGAUGUGUUGAUGUCACGUGGAGUUGAGCCUGAAGUUGACAAGUACCUAUUCUUGUUCUUGAAAUUUAUGGCCUCGGUAAUUCCAACUAUUGAGUAUGAUUACACCAUGGACUUUGAUCUUGGUAGCUCCAGCAAUUGACUAAGAGCGUAGCUGCACGUUCAAGUAUAACACGAGAGUGUAAUCUCUCUUACCAACACUUUCUUUGUUUCUGCACUCAUUAAAACUGCGUAUAAUCCGUGAUCGUUACGCAGCUAUUGUACAUGUGGUGUAAAGUAUGGUCAUGUGACUUAUGAUUGUAGAAUUUGGACAAAUUUCCUUUGACAUAUGUACAUAUUUGGCAUACCACAUUCUUAAGACUAUGUUGCUCUCUACAAAAUACUACAAAGUAAAAAAAAAAAUGGUUAAUGUCUGGUUUGAA